AUGUCAACAUUUCGCGUCUCAAAGUGGGCUCCAGCAAACGAGACUGAAGCAGACCUUCUGUCAGAGAGGGAGAACCUGAACGGAGCCGUUCUCGGCGGCGUAGGCUAUGGUGUUCAUGCUACGCUGUUCUUUAUCUGCUUGGACCUUCUGAUUAAGCAGCUGAAGUCGCAUCCGAAGCGGUCUUACGCCAUGCUCGUGUAUAUCGUCAUGCUCUUUAUUCUGGGUUCACUGGGAAAUGCGGCAAACAUCAAGUUCAAUGAGAUGGUCUUUGUUGACAAUCGAGACUAUCCGGGUGGCCCGAAUGCCUACUUCGUUGAGCAGAACGGCGUUUGGAUCAACGUCCUGAGCUACGGUGUCUACAUUGUCAACACUUGGCUUCAGGAUGGACUACUGCUUUAUCGUUUUCAUCUAAUCUGGAACUCAAACUUAUGGCUGACAGCCAUCCCUGGCGUGUUCUAUACGGUGUCUGUCGUCAUGUCAUGCCUUCUACUGUCGCAAAUUGCAGAACCUGGCGAUAAUAUAUGGAAGCAGUUAAGCGUCAAGUUCGCGCUAACGUACUGGUGCAUCUCCAUAGGAGCGACACUACUACUCACGACCUUGAUCGUCGUGCGCCUGCUGUACAUGCGGUACAAGCUGAGGAAAGUGAUGGGGCCUCACCAUCGCAGUCCCUAUCUUUCUAUCUCCACCAUCCUCGUCGAAUCUGCGUUUCUGUACUGCGCGGUCGGACUGGCAUUCAUAAUCACCUACGCCAGAAACGAUCCAGCUCAGAACAUCUUCUUACCGGUCCUCGGUCAGGUGCAGUCCAUUGCACCCCUCCUGAUUAUCAUGCGCACAUGCCAAGGACGCGCGUGGACCAAAGAUACGGCGAAGAUGGUCACGACCACCGGCGAUACGUUCGCCUCCGAUUCAACGAAGGUUGUGCCUAUGACGCCAUUGCGCCUCCGUAGCAGACGAGACCCUGAAGCCCAGGCCACAACGAACUGGUCGAUACCAGCUGUGGAUAUUUCGUCGCAGAACUCCGCCGAGCACGCUUUGAAUCCCUCUGAAUCCCUCCCGAGCUUUGUCGUUAGCGGUGAGAAGGCCACUUUGUAG